AAUGAGUGAAAAGACUGCAGGUCAAUCUUUCUAAUUUGUUUCGCAAACUCUUGUUUUUGUAACUGGCAGGAAUGUCUCUUUUUGUUGCUCCGUGCCGUCAAAAAUCCAUUCCAAACAGUGUCAUUGCCACAAUUUUUAAAAACGCCAGAUUGCUUCAGUCUCGAUUGAGCUGUGCUUUGUGUCUGACGCGUGUGUCGUGUGCACGGAAGUUUCUGUUGUCUGCUGCAGUUAUUUGGAGUUUCACAGCAGCAAAAUUGAAAAAGUUCAAGCUUGAGUUAUGUAACAAGUGAAAAGUGAGGAUUGAUCCGCGGAGUGCUCGUGAACAGAAUUGGCUGGGGUCUGCAGCUGCCUGACGAGAGUUGUAGCAAUGUGAUGUUUGACACUUGGGGCGGUCGGACGAUGCGUGUCCGAUGCCGUCUUGGUUCCAACGCUUCAUCGGGCCGGCGAUCCAGGUGCUGCACAUCAACAAGGCCGGUCUCAGCUUCAACAGCCGGCUGCAGGACAAUGUGCAGAUCCUCACCGGCCGCAGCAAGAAGAUCAUCUACCACAAGUUCACUCGCACCCAUGCCAACCAAACACUUGACCUCGAGGCCACCAAACUCAGGGUCAAGUCGCAGCAGAGUCGCAGGUCCAACACCAACACCCCGUUGCUCACUCCCAGCUCGACCACCCCCAACCUUGGCAGCCCCUAUCUUAGCAGUGCCAGGAGUAGUGUUCGAAACUCGCCAACGACAAACAGACGGCCACCGGACUGGAAUGAUUUACUUAGCCUCCAAUCUGGGCGCAGAGUUCAGGGGAAGGCUGCAAGUCUCACAACAGAAAGAAGAUUCUCAUUGAGCGACGCAGCUGCCGUCCAACACAGGGACAAGGCAACCAAAGCUCAUCGAAGAUGGGUCAAGAAAAACAGAAUUCGGGACGCGUCAUGUGGCGACGACGACGACAGCCUCGGCGUCGACAGCUCGGCAGCAAACGUGGUGCUCUACAUUGGGCUCGGACUGGUGUGUGUCGGCAUGGUCAUCUCGUUCGUCGGGCUCGGCGAAAAGGGCUUCAAAACGGCCGAGCUGAGGCUAAUUGGGCCCAGCCUGCUUGCCGCGGGCGCCUUCUUCUGUCUGCUCAGGGUUCUCUUCUGUACAUGCCCAGCCUCGUGCUGCUGUCUGUGUCCAGAGGAACGUCGCCGGCGGCGCCGACACAAGCGGCGCCGACGGAAACAGCGCGGCGAAACGGUGUCCUCGUCUGACGACGAGAAGCCGACCGUGUCGACAAUAAUCACGCGCAAGCCGCCUCCAUUCAAGGUCAACGGCGACAACAGCAAACACGUUGUCAUCCCGAUCAACAGACUGCCCCCGACGCCGACGCCCCCGGGGCACCAGCGGGGCGUCCAGCAGCAGACGACGCACCUGACGGUGCCCUCCAUUACGACGAGUGCGCCGCUGCCCAACUACAUCAGUGACAGUGAGCCAGUGGUGGACCCCGUGCCGGGGCCCUCGGGCCGCCCCCAGGGGCAGGAACUCGUGCUCAACGCAUCCAUGCUCGUCUAGCCCCCCGCCCCCCAACGAUCUUCUCAAGGAGACUGCGAUUCUGGAAUAAUUUUGUGACUUUCAAUAUACCUGUGAACGUAACGCUGGUGUUUCAAGUGUUUGACAAAACUGCAAAAUCGAACUGUGGUAAAACUAUACUACUCGGAAACUACGGUUUAUUUCUUCAGUUUGCUGGUUUAUAUCGACGGUAUGCCCGCGCUGGCGCAAAAUAUCUAAUGUACAACAGACUAAUACACAAUUAUAAUAUCGCUGUAAUAGGAAAAUCUGUUAUUUGAGGGAUUGAGGAUGAAUACUUACGUCUUUUUUCUGUUCAAAAUUAUUAACAGGUUCAAGUUUCCUAGAACGGUUGACAUAUUACUAUAUCAGUCUUUUUGCAUGCGAUAUUAAUAUGAUUUUUUUUGCUCCGAGUUAAAAAUUUCAAUGUUGAUCGCACUUAACUUUCUUAAUUUAUCAAUGAUAAAUAUAUAUGUGGGGUAAAUCAAUAUUUUUUAACAUCACCUCUAUCCCUCAAAGGAAGAAAAUAAUUGCAAAAAAAUGUAAUUGGAAUUUUCCUAAAACGGUAAAAAUAUACAUACUAUUAUGGAACACAUUGGAAGAAAAUGAAAGUCUAUAUGAAGCAAUUUUGGAAAUAGUUCAAUCUUAAAAAUCUUCAAACUAAAGAGGUAAAAUUAUAUUGAAAAGUUACAAAUAGGAGUGACUUCCAAUGUGUAUCCAUGUGCUAAAAUCUAAAAAUAUUAAAAUUGACUUCUAACUUCCAUGUGCAAACUACAGCCUCUGUAGUCUGAAUAUUAGAAAUAUAAUACUGAGUGCAUCAACUCAUUCUUUUUUCUAAUUAGAUUAUUCUCAUGCAGUUGGUUCACUGAUUUCAUUAUAAAAUACGCACCAUCUCUCUCUAUAUUUAAGUCGAAAAUGUUUGCCAAAAAUUUGUCCCACACUUUUGAAUAUUUGCGAGGCUAAAGUUUGCAAAGUGAAAAUUACAUUCAUAAUAUAAAAAAAGAUAAAACGCCAUGUUAAUCAUGAUUUAUGCAUUGUUAUCAAUUUAUGACAAAGACAUUCGCUUCGAAGACCUAAGGAUAAUCAAAGCACAUAAUAAUUCUUCAGUUUGGCGAUUUUUGCCAGCGGCAACGCUGGCCUUUAAUUAGAUUAAUGGACCAAAAUAUCACUCAUGCAUCACGCAAAACGACAAAAAUGUUUGGAUUUUCAAACUAAAUUUGCGCAUUGUUAACAAAUUCGUCUCUUCAUUCAUUUUUGAUCGCCCCUCCUUGAAACGGUAGCGAAAGGAUCCCAGUUUAGUUGCGCGAGAGAUUAGGAGUUUUAAUUGCCACGGGACCAAAAUGAGCUGGAGUCCCAGAAAAGGUUAUUGACCCACUUACAGAGAGAGGCCUUGAACGAUAAUUAAAAUUGUAGACUUAAAGAAUGAUCCUUAAAUGCGCAUAGGACGAAAUGCAUAUUUUACUGAUCCAUAAAUGCACCAAUUCCAAAUAACACGACUCUACGAAAUGAUUCGAUUUUCUUAAUAACCCACCUAUACUCUCCAUUUGUUUCUAUGGUCUCGUACGGUACUCAAGACAACUGAGAAUUAAUUUUUUACUCGCCCUGCUAUCGAUUGUAUUGUAUUUUAAAGAAAAACAAAUGUGAAAGUUGAGCUGUAUUCAAAACAAGGAUGAAAGUCCAGAAGAUACAAUUUGCAAAAAUUA